AUGUACCAUAGGGAUGAAAGCUAUGAAGAGUGUGCGUGGAUGCUUCAGCUCGCAAUGGCGGUUGCCUCUAGCUGCCCCGAUCUUGAUGAUGACCAAAAUGAUCGGGCCGUUCAAUCAUUGAAUAAGAUAUGGCCUGAGGCAUUGAAGAAUGCGAAGAAAAAUCUGAACGAGGAAUUACUCUUGAUGGAUUAUGCCGCCAACCAACUGGUCAAUGAAAACAUGCGGCUAUUCUGGAUAACGCGUGUGACAAAUAUCUGCGCGAAGCUUGGUCUAUCUGGUACAGCCCAGUGGUAUGCGGUACUUCAAGAAGAGAUCAAGGCAAUCAACAAACCUGGGACAUUUUGGACGGACGAAAACAAAGAGUUGGUUCGUGGGAAAUUGGAGGAGCUUGUCUACAUUUGA